CAUCCUUGGUUAUCCAACACGUAACCAUUUUCUUCCUCUCUCUUUCUAGAUAUUCCCUUUCAUGUUAUUAUGCCAAAUUAAACCCUUCCAUUUUUCAUCUCACUAGCUUUUCUUUCAAAGCCUCUUCUUGCCUCAUACAACUCUGAAGAAUUUUAUCUCAAUUCCAUAUUCAUGACCACUUCUUUCUCUGACCUUCUUUCUUCUCCCACCACCGACCACAACCUCGGAGUUUCCGAAAGACCUCAUCUUAAGUCGUCCUCGUCGGAUCAAGCAGGUUCUUCUGGUGGUGUGCCGAAAUUCAAGUCCACACCCCCUCCUUCUCUCCCUCUUAGCCAUCAUCUUCCACCAAUAUUUUCUCCUUCUUCUUACUUUAACUUUAACAUUCCUCAUGGGUUAAGCCUUGCUGAACUACUUGACUCCCCAGUUCUCCUUAACUCUUCCAACGUUUUGCCAUCUCCAACAACUGGAUCAUUUGCUGGUCAAGGCUUCAACUGGAAGAGCAGUUAUGGGGAAAGCCAGCAGCAUGUCAAAGAAGAAGACAAGAGCUUCUCAAGUUUCUCCUUUCAAACACAAACACACCCUCCUCUUCCAUCUUCAAAUGGAUUUCAAUCUUCAACCGGCGUAGUUCAAACCGGAUGGAGUUUUCCAGAAAUUGCUAAACAAGAUGGUUUUGCCUCAAGAAUGAGUAUGAGCAUGGUGAAAACUGAAACCACUUCUGCGAUGCAGAGUUUCAACUCUGAGAAUAAUAACCACAGGAAUGGUUUUCAAUCAGAUCAUAAAAAUUACCAACCACCACAAGUUCAGACCUUAAGCAGAAGAUCAGAUGAUGGGUACAAUUGGAGGAAAUAUGGACAAAAGCAAGUGAAAGGAAGUGAAAAUCCAAGAAGCUACUACAAGUGCACAUACCCUAAUUGUCCAACAAAGAAAAAAGUUGAGAGAUCCUUAGAUGGACAAAUUACUGAGAUAGUUUACAAAGGCACUCAUAACCAUCCCAAGCCUCAAGCUGCGAAGAGGAACUCAUUGUCUGCCUCAUCACUUGCAAUUCCUCAUUCAAAUCAUGGCGGCAUUAAUGAACUACCACAUCAAAUGGAUUCGGUUGCCACUCCUGAAAACUCAUCAAUAUCAAUGGAAGAUGAUGAUUUUGAUCAUACUAAAUCAGGAGGAGAUGAGUUUGAUAAUGAUGAACCUGAUGCCAAAAGAUGGAGAAUAGAAGGUGAAAAUGAGGGUAUGCCAGCUAUAGAAAGUAGAACAGUGAGAGAACCCAGAGUUGUGUUUCAGACAACCAGUGACAUCGAUAUUCUAGAUGAUGGAUACAGGUGGAGGAAAUACGGGCAGAAAGUGGUCAAGGGAAAUCCAAAUCCAAGGAGUUACUACAAGUGCACAUUCCCUGGAUGUCCAGUGAGGAAGCACGUAGAGAGAGCCUCACAAGACCUAAGGGCAGUGAUCACAACCUAUGAGGGAAAACACAACCAUGACGUGCCUGCAGCACGUGGAAGUGGCAACAACUCUAUGAAUAGAUCAUUGCCAAUAACCAAUACCACAAACAACACUAGUGCAGCAACUUCUCUAUACACUAAUAACAAUUAUCUUCAGAGUCUUAGACCACCAGCAGCACCAGAAAGGACAUCAUCACAUUUCAACCCCAACAUGCAGCAGAGUUCAUCAGGAAGUUUUGGAUUCUCAGGGUUUGGAAAUCCAUUAAUGGGGUCUUACACGAAUCAACAAUCUGACAAUGUUUUCAUCACUAGAGCCAAAGAGGAGCCUGGAGAUGACUCGUUUCUUGACUCUUUCCUAUGCUAAAAGAAUAUUUUCUUAUGCAUAGUUUUGGAUGGUUGGAAUUCUUGGAAGGGGUUGGUUUAGGAUUUUACUUGACUAAUAAGAUACCCGGUUCAUUCCAUUUAUUUAUAACUUAGGUAUUUUAAUUUCUGUUUGUCAGUUAGAGUCAGAGAUUCACCUAUAUAAUUUAUGUAACAAAAAUUUGCAUUAGAAUUCAACAUGAGUUAUUAAGGUGAAACUCUAAUUCUAACAGAAGAAUAACACUAAAAAUACUUUAAAAAAUUACAUUUAAGUUUCAUCCAUUUUUUUAAUUUUGUAUUGUUAUUGUAUAUUUCCACACCCACAGAUUGGUAUAUGGUAUACUGUAUAUUUAAUCAUUGUUGUAUGUUACAGGUGUUUGUAAAAACAUUUUUUUAUCAUUAUUUUAGUAAUCGUGUGACUUCAGUUGGGAGCUAGAAACUCAUUUUCAGGAUUCUUUCUCUUAAUUUGUACACGAAAUGUGCUGUCUGAAACUAUUUCUGCUAUGUAUUAUAUUAUAGUAUGACAUACUAGAUUUCAAUUAUUUCACAUUUAUUGCGGGUGCUA